AUGUCAACCUUACUUCAUAAAUGGUCAACCAAAAGACAUAGAAGUACAAAUAAAACUGAAUCAAGAUUAUCGGUUUCCACAUCAAAAUAUCCUUGGUCACAAAGAAAGUUACGGAACAGUCAAAGAACAUUACCACGUUUUGGUCAUGCUGCUAUACCUCACGAAAAAUAUGGGUUAUUGGUUUAUGGUGGAAAAUACAAAGGUCAUGUUAAGAAAGAACUAUUCGCCAUUGAUACAGCAACCAUGACAACCACUAUUAUUUCAACAACUGGUGAUUUACCAUCUCAACGUUUAUAUACGACGAUGGCAUCUAUUGGAGAUUAUGUUAUUUUAUAUGGUGGUGAACCAAUGACACCCGAUAUCCCAUGGGAUCCAAGUCUUUAUAUCUUAAGUUUAUUAACCAAGCGAUGGACACGAACACGGAUCAAUCAUCAAAUUGGAAAAAGAUCAGGUCAUUCUAUGGUAGCAUUUAGAAACAAAAUUUACAUAUGGGGUGGUAAAAGUUCAUCGAAUGAAUAUAUGAAUGAUCUGUUUAUCUUUCAUCCACGGAAUGGCAAGUAUGGUGAUUGGGAACGCAUUGUGUUUCCACAGGGAUCAGCUCCUCUUCCAAGAUCGAACCAUUGUUCUGUUCUUUUUGACAGCAAAAUGUUUGUUUUUGGUGGUAGUGAUAACGAUAAACUCUUUAACGAUAUAUGGGUAUAUGAUAUUCCUUUGAAAAAAUGGGCGUGUCUUUCUCCUGUUGGGUUCAUACCCUCUCCUCGUCAUUAUUGUUCGGUUUCUCUCGUCAAUGGCGUUAUUUAUAUUCAUGGUGGAAAGGAUGAAAAGGGUCAAGAAUUACAAGACUUGUAUGGAUUCAAGAUCAAAAAUCAUUGCUGGUAUAUGUUUCAAAAUAUGGGUCAAGCUCCUUCUGCAAGAUUUGGCCAUACUAUGACUCCUAUUGGAACAAAGCUUUAUAUUAUCGGUGGGGCUCAUACUAAUUCUACAACAAAACCUGAUGAUCCUCUUACUAUAUACAUUCUUAACAAUGAAAAAGUAACAUACCCGCCAGAAGAUAUGGAGUCCUCACCUUAUUUACAACGUCGAACAUCAUCUCCUAUUUUGCCACCUGGAGACCGUGACCCUUCUACUACUCUUACUAUGGAUACACCUCUUGAAGCAUCUGGAAGCACUCCCAUAUCGUCCACUCUUAUGGAAUCUCACAUUUAUCCAGCACUAUCACAGUCGACACCUAUUCACUUACCAAUGUCACGAUCAAGAUCAACAUCUCUUCGAGUUAAUCCAUUGAUAUCACCCACUUCUUCUGCUUGCUCGUCCCCCAAACAAACUUGCUCUCCUAUCAUGAUAAAAACACCAACAAUAACAACAGCAGGAACAAACACGGAUUCAUCUAUUGGCAUACACCAUACAAAGCAAUUAGGAACAGUAUCUCAGUCUUCUAAGGAUAAUACGACGAAUAAUUCAACAUCAGUACCAGCUUCACCAUCAACAAACAUCCCUCCAGAAUCAGAUUAUCGAAAACCACGACAAGUCAUCCCCAACAAUGUUACGACUAGAAAACCAUCCUUCUCUGCAAAUAUGGAAUAUAUUGAUGAACGAACUACACUUUUGGAAGAGAUCAAAGCCAGGGAUCUUGUGAUAAGCGAAAUGAAAAGUAAGGAACAUUGGUGGAGAACACAGGUAGAGAAAGCAAGAGGGAUCGGCAAGUAUCCAAUGGGAACGAUGGACAACGAUGAAAGCCACGAUGAAUACCUGCUACAUUUUUCAGAUGAUGACGAUGAUGAGCACAAAUCCGACAAAAUCUCAAGAAAAUACACCAAACAACUCUUCUUUGAACAACUAGUAAUGGCUAAAACAGAAAUAAGACAUAUCAAACGUGAUAUUCGAACAGCUUGUCAACCUGUAUGCAAGAAAUUGGAUCAAGAAGAUCGGAUACAACAAGCUGCAUUGAAUGAAACCAAUCACUACAAAGCAAUGUGCGCUGCGAUGUUAUUAUACCGUGGACAAUCAACACAUAGGACAUUACAAGACGUUGUGAAGAGAUGGGAUCAGAAUGAUGCACAGGCAAUAGAGGAUUUGGAAUCAGACUCGCACAAGAAUUUCAAUGGAAUGGAACUUUAUGAAACACAACGAAGUCGAAGAAUAACUAGACUGGAAAAACAACUGGACCAAGUGCUGCAAGAUAACGAGGCUACAAAGGAAAUGUUGAUUAGUACUCAAGAACAAGUCAAGGCGAGUGAGCUAGCACGGCAGAUGGCGGAUGAUGAGUUGGAAAAACAGCACCGAUUGGCAGAACAACAUCAGGCAGCCUACGAUACUACUUUGAAACGACUCUAUCUAUUACAAAAACGAACACAGACGGAUGAACAAAAACAAGCUAUCAAUGUACAUCACAUAGAAGCGCUAACUCGUCAAUUGGAUUUUGCCCAGGAUCAACUAGAACAACAUCAACAGGUUUUGGCACAGCAAUCUACUGGGAUGAUCAAAGAUACUGAAAGCAAGAAUGGUGAUGAAUCUUCACAGACGACGAUGGAAGUAACACCUACUAUAUCAUCAAGCCAUCAGAAAAUGUACGACGCCGAAAAACACUGGAAACACAAGACAAAAGAACAACAUGACAUCAUAUCAAGUUUACAUGCACAAUUGGCGGAGGCAAACCAUUUGAUACGAUCUCUGCAUAGUGAACUGAAGAAAUCCACUUCCAACCUGACUUCUACUCUUCGUACCUUGGAAACAAGAAAAAUAGAAAUAGAUAGAUUGAUUCAUUUUUGAUUCGCUUUGUACAUAUCAAUAAAUAUAUAUAUAUAUAUUUACCUUUAUCAUUUAUGGACUCUUUCGUGGAUUUAUCCUUUAUACAAAAUCAUGAUCC